UGGAGACGGAGGCGGUCGUGCAGAUGGUGGGGGCCACCCGUGUGAACUGAGGGUGGGAGGAAGAACUGAGGAGCUGCGGUCCCGGCGGUGGCCAGAAGGGGACAGGCGGAAAAAGGGCUGGGAAGCGAGCGCAGGCUGGAGCGGUAGCAGAAGCCCCGAGGAGAGAGGUGUCAGUCAGGUAGAGCCCCCUGCUCCUGUCGCCUCAGCGCUUUCCCUGCUCAGCGGCCGUGGCUGAGGGACGCGGCUUCUCCAUGUCGGACAAUCAAAGCUGGAACUCCUCCGGCUCCGAAGAGGACCCCGAGACCGAGUCUGGGCCGCCUGUUGAGCUCUGCGGAGUCCUCAGCAAGUGGACCAACUACAUCCAUGGGUGGCAGGACCGAUGGGUGGUCUUGAAAAACAACACUCUAAGCUACUACAAGUCUGAAGAUGAAACAGAAUAUGGCUGUCGGGGUUCAAUCUGUCUGAGUAAGGCUGUCAUUACACCCCAUGAUUUUGAUGAGUGCAGAUUUGACAUUAGUGUAAAUGAUAGUGUUUGGUACCUGCGGGCUCAAGAUCCAGAUCAUAGACAGCAAUGGAUAGAUGCAAUUGAACAGCACAAGACUGAAUCUGGCUAUGGAUCAGAAUCAAGCUUACGGCGCCAUGGCUCUAUGGUGUCUCUUGUGUCUGGAGCAAGUGGAUAUUCUGCAACAUCCACCUCUUCAUUUAAGAAGGGUCACAGUUUGCGUGAGAAGCUUGCUGAAAUGGAAACCUUCAGAGAUAUCUUGUGCAGACAGGUUGAUACGUUACAGAAAUACUUUGAUGCCUGUGCAGAUGCUGUCUCUAAGGAUGAACUCCAGAGAGAUAAAGUGGUAGAAGAUGAUGAAGAUGAUUUUCCUACAACACGCUCUGAUGGAGAGUUUUUGCAUAAUAACUGUAGUAAAGAAAAAUUGUUUCCCUAUGUAACGCCCAAAGGAAUAAAUGGCAUAGACUUUAAAGGAGAAGCUAUAACUUUCAAGGCAACGACAGCUGGAAUCCUUGCUACCCUUUCACAUUGUAUUGAACUAAUGGUAAAACGUGAAGAGUGCUGGCAGAAGAGACUGGAUAAGGAAAUUGAAAAGAGGAGGAGGAUUGAAGAAGCAUACAAAAAUGCUAUGACAGAGCUUAAAAAAAAGUCCCAUUUUGGAGGGCCAGACUAUGAGGAAGGUCCCAACAGUCUGAUUAAUGAAGAAGAGUUUUUUGAUGCUGUUGAAGCGGCUCUUGAUAGGCAUGAUAAAAUAGAAGAGCAGUCGCAGAGUGAAAAAGUCAGAUUACAUUGGCCAUCAUCUUUGCCAUCUGGUGAUGCGUAUUCUGGUGUGGGGACUCACAGGUUUGUUCAAAAGCCCUAUAGUCGCUCUUCCUCCAUGUCUUCCAUUGAGCUAGUCAGUGCCUCUGAUGAUGUUCACAGAUUCAGCGCUCAGGUGGAAGAGAUGGUGCAGAACCACAUGACAUACUCACUACAAGAUGUGGGGGGUGAUGCCAAUUGGCAGCUGGUGGUUGAAGAAGGUGAAAUGAAGGUGUACAGGAGGGAAGUGGAAGAAAAUGGUAUUGUUCUAGAUCCUUUGAAAGCCACACAUGCAGUCAAAGGGGUUACAGGGCAUGAAGUCUGCCACUAUUUCUGGAAUGUUGAAUUUCGUAAUGACUGGGAAACAACUGUUGAAAACUUCCAUGUUGUGGAAACUUUAGCUGAUAAUGCAAUCAUAGUCUACCAGACACAUAAGAGAGUAUGGCCUGCUUCUCAACGUGAUGUAUUAUAUUUGUCUGCUAUUAGAAAAAUACCAGCUUUCAAUGAAAAUGACACUGAAACAUGGCUUGUCUGCAACUUCUCUGUGGAUCAUGACAGCGCUCCUUUGAACAAUCGAUGUGUUCGUGCCAAAAUAAAUGUUGCUAUGAUUUGUCAGACGUUGGUAAGCCCACCUGAAGGGAACAAAGAAAUAAGUAGAGACAACAUUCUAUGCAAGAUUACGUAUGUAGCGAAUGUGAAUCCUGGGGGUUGGGCACCAGCUUCUGUACUACGGGCAGUAGCAAAACGAGAGUACCCCAAAUUCUUGAAGCGUUUCACAUCAUAUGUGCAAGAGAAAACAGCUGGGAAGCCUAUAUUGUUUUAGUGUUAGCAGGUAGUGAUUGGAAGAAGGCUGUGUGAACAUUCCACGUUGGAGAAAUGAACCAAAAUGAAUGCUCCAAGCUGGAACGUAGGAUCUACAGUCUUAUGGCCCAAACCCUCGAUUCUGUACUCAACGGAAGAAAUACUGCAACGCCAUGAAGCUGAACUUUCUCUUUCUUCUGCUAGCUCACCUUGCUGAAUCAGUGUGCAGUUAUAAAUACCUGUGUUGAUACAUGUAUAUGGCUCUACUUUUUUUUUUUUUGCUUGCUUUAGAGGAGAAAAAUACAACUUUGGGUCACCAACUUGGUUUAUUGCUUUAACUUUUGAAUAAUUUGAAAGCUUUUGUUUACUGUGGAACUUUAUAAGAUACUUGCACAGCUCUUGUUUUUGUGUAUGUCUAAAAAGCACAAAGGACAAUGCACAUAUAGCAUACUGUAUGUGCUUUAUAUGCACAAAAACCUGUGUGUUGUAACUUUUUUCAGGUUAACAGUAAACUCAGUGUCCUUCCAGAAGGGUUUUGUGUUUUUGCUUUGUAUAAUCAUAGUUCAUUGCUGCUGAUUUCUGUGAUAAAAAUCAUCUUAUUAUGUAAAGCAUCUCUUAAUAAUGUGAGGGCUGUCAAGAUCCUUUUGACUUUGCCUUUUCUAUAGUCUUGCUCCUAUGAAGACCUCUGGUUCUGAUGGAGAAAGUGUGAAAAGCUUUAUUUUUUUUCCAGAUACCUUUAUAUUUCUAUUGUAUUUUUUAGUUGUGUAAUAUGUGCUGAAGAAAUUUGGUUGUUGAUCAUGAUCCAGAAAUUUCUAAAUAAAUGCUGCAUAAGAGGGCAUGACUGCCAGAAAAAUCUACCGCAAUGACUUGCCCAUCUUCAUGCAGCAUGGGCUGCUUUCAGGUGUUCCUGAAGCUGCAAGGAGUUGCAAUGUAAUAUUUAUUUGAAGCAAAUUGGACUCCGCAAGAUAACAUUCCCAGCCUUAGAGAGUAAAUAUGGUUUUUUCUUACCCUGCAUGUUUUUUUCUCUGUUGAAUAAAGCUGUGCGAUGAAGCUCACAUAUGAAACCAUUCACACAUGUAAUAUUUGCCCCAACAAUCUGAACUAUAAGAGUUGUGAAUAUAAAACCAUACAUCUUAAAUGCAAAGUUCCCCUUAGUUGCUGUGAAAGAACUUAAUUUUCAAAUAUCCACCUGUCUCUAAUACCAGGAAAUAACAUGAGGGGUGAACUGUGAGAAUAAAAGUGGUAAUUUGUUGAGGAAAACUCCUCAUUUGGCUGUUAUACUUUUAAAUGGAGAUUAUUGACAAUUUUUUUAGCUAUUUCAUCAGCUUGUGUAUAUAUAUUAUAAGAGGGACAAGAUUUGAUAUAUUUUUGAAAAGAAAGCUUAAAGUCUUAUUUCAUAUAGAGCAGCUGAUGCCUGAAAACAAAGAUAGUACUUUUAUUGAAGAUGCAGCAGAUUACAAUCUUUGAGAUCAGGCAAACUGCAGAAUCAAAUUUCUUGGGAAUGGUUGGGGUGUCUCUAGUACACCACGGUAUGCACAACACUUGACUUUUACAUACAUGCACACAGAUGUCAUGCUUUUAAAUCUCCUUUAUUUGCCUUUCUCUAAAUGAUGUGCAUGGAAUAUGCCUUAUUACAGAAUAACUGUUUAUGAUUUGAAAAUGUAGAGAAGUGCCUAUGGGAUAAUGCUGGUAAGGCAAAUGAGAUGAAAAAUUAGAACUCUUUACUAUCUCACCAGUAAGCAUUUUAUAUAAAGUUUGUUAUACCUCAGAUGUGUUUUUCUUUUACAAUCAACUGGUUUAGAAACAAAAACCUUGUUCAUUCACCAUAGCCACUGAUGGGAACUUCAACAACAAAAAAUGUUUAGACCCUAAAUGCAGACUGAACAAUUUAAUAUUUCUGGUAACUAUCAUGAACACA